UGAAAAGCGAUACUUUGGUUGCCUAUAGUUAUUGUACAUAACGGUGGGUGUGACGCAAUUUUUCUACAACCGAAGGUUGAUUAACAAAUUCGUUACUGAAAUGUGGUAAUAUUUAUUUAUAUUUGAACGCGCGAUUCUUUCAGCGAGCCGCAGUUCAUGUAAAUAGGUAAUACAAGUUGUUUUGUUUUCAUGAAUGGACCGGAACAAUGGGCGCCCAAAAAUAUUAUCGGCAAGUGGAAAGAGACCCUGAAAAUAUCAGGUCGAUAUGGAAAGUUUUGCACAUAACAACUUUCCUUCUAAUAAUCCUCAACUCGCUAAUAUCGACGUACUUUUUCGGCGACAUUCUCAAAAUGUUCAACUACCGGUGCAUUCUUCACGUUCAGCCGAUUUUCAGCUUGACUGCAAUAACCUACAGCAUCAAUAACACGCAGGAUGCGAUGCUGAAUAAUCAAUCGAUCAUCGUGGAUUUGGGGAACUUCCCUCCGGAAAACAACGCCACUUCUGUUUACACGAACAACGGCUCGAUUUGGUACAAAAACGAAUCGGUGGAUGCCAAAAUUAGCGUGCACCUGAAAGGAACGGAUUAUGGAUCGACCACUUCUUGCGAUUUAGUUUUAUUCGUUCCGCUGAUUUCCUUAAUUUCUGCUGCUGCUUUCGGAGCACUGAUUAUGCUCUUCGGCAGGGGACAGCAGAAAUCCUGGAUAAUGGUUUAUCCUGUAUUAAUUGCUUCUGUUAUAAUGAGCAUACUCGCCAUAAUUGCCAUGGUGUCGAUGAAAAAUGGCACUGAUGAAUUUUGCUCGUAUUUCAAAUAUUACACGGGUCAAUUAAAAUGCUCUCAUUAUAUAUCUUAUUUUACAUUUCAAGAUAAAUGGUUAAUAAACGAAUUUUGGGACAAUUACAAUAUAUGCUAUUAUUCGUUCUUUUUAACUUUAUUACUCUGGAUCAUUCAAACGGUUGUGACUAUUUUUAGAUUAUGUAGUUUAGCGGAUUUUGAUUCGGUCACAAUUUCUGUAGACAAAAUCAACAACAAGGACGAUGAUAUUGAUGAGAAACUCCACGACGUACUGAUUAAUUCGGGGUUCAAACCGCUUCCCGACACAUCCAUUAAAGACGAAAGCGAUUCAAGUUUGGAAACAAUAAACGAAAAUACGACGACCGUAUGAGCUUUUUAUGCCGAUUUGUUUCAUUGUGAUGACAAUGUAAAGUUAUGUUUCCAAGUGGAAAUGCAAUUAUUAUGUGCUACACGCUCAACCUAUAUUUAUUAUAGAUCCUUCUCUAGACUUUUUUGCUACAUAUUUUCUACUUUUUAAUUACGUGUGUAA